GCAGUCUUCCUGGGUCAGCAGAGGACACUGGAAGGAGCAGCUUCUGAAUCAAAUAACAGUUUUGACCUUCCUCCAAUCCACAGGACAGUGGACAAAUUUCCAGCUUAUUAAGGUGUAGAAAGUUAUUCUGAACACCUGAGAUGCUGGCUGGGAUGUAAUUGGCUCCUGCCUAUCACCUGCACCUGUCCCUCAUCAUCCCAAACCACCCCCCCCACCUAAAUUCUCACUCCUUGGUUAUAUCUAUCAGGAGUCUCUUCACUUUUUGCAGCUGCUCAGCUUUUCUUUCUGUCUUUAAAAAGCUGCAGUGAGGCAGCAGCAGCGGCAGGGUGGGUUGUUUGUGGGCUAAAUGAACUGCUGCAGGAAACAGAACUAUUCUUUUCUGAGUUUUAGGAAGGAGCCUCGGCAUUCUGGUUUGCCAGAGCAAUUAGUGGCAGGGUGGGCUGAUGCAAGGAUGGGAAGUAUUGGGAAUGAGGAGUCUCUGUGCUCGCUGUCUGUGUAUUGCUUUCCGUGCUUCAGGACACAGCCUCUGCUGGUAGAUGUGCUCCCAGAACUCAUCAAGCACGGCCGUGAGAGGAUAGAACAAACCAUCAAGGCCUCCGGCACCAGGCUCUGUUCAUAUGCUGAACGAGUUGCUUUUUUAAUGGAUCGCUCUCGGAGCCCGGAUAAAAGCACCCAGCCUCCAACACCAACUGACAACAUCAACCUUGGACCUUCUGCUAACCCAAAUGCCAAGCCAACAGACUUUGACUUCCUGAAGGUUAUUGGCAAAGGAAGCUUUGGAAAAGUUCUCCUGGCCAAACGCAAGUGCGAUGGGACUUUUUAUGCUGUGAAAGUCUUGCAUAAGAAAACCAUCCUCAAGAAGAAGGAGCAAAACCACAUCAUGGCAGAGCGCAAUGUGCUCCUGAAAAAUGUCAAGCACCCCUUCCUUGUGGGACUCCAUUACUCCUUCCAGACCUCAGAGAAGCUUUACUUUGUGCUUGACUAUGUAAACGGGGGAGAGCUCUUCUUCCACUUGCAAAGGGAGCGCUGCUUCCGUGAGCCCCGGGCACGAUUCUAUGCUGCAGAAGUCGCUAGUGCAAUUGGGUACCUGCAUUCCUUAAACAUCAUUUACAGGGACUUAAAACCUGAGAACAUCCUCCUGGACUGCCAGGGACACAUUGUAUUGACAGACUUUGGACUCUGCAAAGAAGGAAUGGAGCAAGAGGAGACAACUUCUACUUUUUGUGGCACUCCUGAGUACCUGGCUCCUGAGGUGUUGAAGAAACAGCCGUAUGACAGGACAGUAGACUGGUGGUGCCUAGGAGCGGUCCUCUAUGAAAUGCUGUUUGGACUGCCUCCUUUUUACAGCCGGGAUGUGUCUCAGAUGUAUGACAACAUACUGCACAAGCCACUCCAGGUCCAGGGAAGCAAGACUGUGGCAGCUUGUGACAUCCUCCAGGGACUUCUCCACAAGGACCAGAAGAAGAGGCUGGGUGCCAAGACAGACUUUCUUGAGAUAAAGAACCAUGUAUUCUUCAGCCCAAUAAACUGGGAUGACUUGUACCAUAAGAGGAUUACUCCUCCAUUUAACCCCAAUGUGGCUGGUCCAGCUGAUCUGCGACACUUUGACCCUGAGUUCACCCAAGAAGCCAUCUCCACCUCCAUCACCCAGACGCCUGACCUAGCAGCCAGCAGCUCCAGUGCCUCAGAUGCUUUUUUAGGAUUUUCUUACGCACCAAGUGAAGAGGGCAUCUAGGUUUUAUAAAGGCUUUGAGAAGCCAAAUUUUAAAUGAAUGGGUUUUAUGUUUGGGUUUUUUCUUUUUUUUUUGUUUGUUUUGUUUGUUUGUUUUUGGAAAGGAUUGCUUUUGUCCUUUGCUCAUGGUUUAAAGGAAAUUGGGACUAAUGCACUAACUGGGGAUGGAACAGAGCUCUUAAGUUUUGAUCUUUGGUGGAUUUCCCUCCAAAUGACUGUUCCCCUACAAGGAAUAUGGGACACUGUUAUUAUUAUUGUUGAUAUUAUUAUUUCCUCCCGAGAGUCUUGUGCUACUUGGCAGAACUGUAUUCACUCUGGUUGUAUUUAUGGUUGAGGCAUGUACCAUUCACAUCAACUGACCCAUCCCUGUAAUGGCCACUUUUUUCUGUGGAGCUAAUUCUACCAGCUCUGUCCAGCUG